AUGUAUCCCUCUAGUCAGAAGUGGCAAACUCUAAGAAAGUCAGAUUUUUCCUACGUGACCUCGCUUGCAAGAACAUGGACUGUGAGGGGUUUUUUGCUUGACAGUAGUUCCUGUUAUUUCUUGAGGAUUAUGUUCCUGCUCAAGAAUUUGGACUUGCACAGAUCGAAGAAAAAGAACAGGCCAACCGAACAAUCGACGUACAGGUAUCCUCCCAACCUGUCCUCCCAACACGCAGAGUCGCUCCUCGCCCAGAUCAAGGACUGGCAGCUCAACCACGGCUCGUUGCUCAAGCUCGUCCAGUCGGAGACGGAGCACAGCGUGCUGGCCCGUCCCAUCGGCGUCAGCGUCUUCCCGACCCUGUUCCCCCGGCCCGUGUUCCAGCACGCCCUGGAUCUAGAGUCCACGUACAACGAGCUCUACUGCGCUGUGGCCGAAGAUGAAGAGUGGCUGUGGGACGUCACUAAGGAUCUCGUCCACGUCGAGCCGCUGGCCGCUGCGCUCUGGCACGUCCAUCACGAGGUCAAAAAGGCUGGCUCCGUGCAGCCGCUUUCGGCGGGCAUCUUUCGCUCGGACUAUAUGCUUCACGUUCAGAGUCGAGAUGACAAUCACGAUGAUGACGAUGACGAGAGUAAUCCCCUCGCGAACGUCACGCUCAAACAGGUCGAGUUCAAUUCGUACUCCUGCGCUGGGGGAUCGCACGCGAACAAGGUCGUCGAUAUGCAUCGAUACCUGGUGCGGACGGGGGCAUACAACCACAACAGCAAUGACGAGGAAGAAGAAGAGCGAGAAGAAGAAAAAGAAGAUACCAACCCCAUCCAGCCAUCCGCAAUCCCACCCAACUACACAAUCCACUCUCUCGCCUCCUGCCUGGCCACCGCGCACGCCGCCUACGGCGCGCCCAAAAGCCAAAUCGCGACCAAGACAGCCGUGCUGUUCAUUGUCCAGCCGCGCAACUUCAACAUCGCCGACGAGCGGCCCAUCGAGUACGCGCUCUGGAACAGAGACCCGCCCGUGCCGGCGUACCGCGUCGAUUUCCCCCUCGAUGUGCUCGCCUACACGUCCCUGAGCGAGUCCGGUCGGGAGCUGCUCUUCCAUCCGCCCUGGCUGAGAGGGAAGAACCCCCUGGAGAUUUCCGUCGUCUACAUGCGUGCGGGCUACGAGGCGGAGGAGUAUGAGACGGACUUCACCAACAAGGUGAAAGAGAAAGUGAAAGCGAAAGCGAAUGACAGCAGCAGCAGCAGCAGCAGCAGCAGCAACAGUCCGGGCCGACAAGCGCGUCUCCGUCUGGAACUGUCCCGCGCAAUCAAAUGCCCUUCUCUGCUAGCGCACAUCGCGACCUUCAAGAAGGUCCAACAAGCACUGGCUGUCCCAGGCACGCUCGAGCGGUGGCUGCCACCAGACAAAGCGGCCAAGGUCCGAGAAACGUUCAUGCCUCUCUACCCGCUCGACGACGCCUCCGACGCAGGGCGCACCGGGCGUCAACUGGCGACAAACCGGCCCUCGGCGCGAUCACACGUCCUGAAACCAUCUUCGCUCGAAGGCGGCAGCCACAACGUCUACGGCGAGGCCAUCCCGGGCUUCCUCGCCUCGAUCCCGCAGGCGCAGUGGUCGUCGUACAUCCUGAUGGAGCGGAUCCGGUCGCCGAGUCUGUACAACGUCCUCAUGUCGCCUCCUCCCAGGGAGAUCUUCGCGGGGAGAGUGGUUUCCGAGCUGGGCGUUUUUGGGACGUGUUUGUGGAAGAGGCGGACAAGCCAAAGCAGGAGCAAUAAUCAUUGUGAUCUCCUAGUAAACGCCGUCGGUGGAUGGUCGUUCAAAACCAAGGAUGCGCAGAUCGACGAGAUGAGCGUCGUCAAAGGUUACGGCUGCUUUGAUACCCCGUGCUUGGUUGAUGUAUAA